AUGGACUGGGCGAGUGAGCAGUUAAAUAAUCUACAGGCCGAAUGGAAGGAAGUCCACACAAGGCGUAACCAAGAUCAAGCCAAUGAGGCUGCGUUGUCUGAUUGGAGUCCGCCACCUUCUAACUUCAUCAAAUGUAAUGUGGACGCCACAGUUUCUAGGGAAGGGGCUGGUUACGACAUUGUGCUACGUAAUCAUGAAGGGACGUUUGUCGCAGCGAAGUGUAACAGGUUGAUAGGCGAGGAGGAUCCGUUCAUGGCAGAAAUUCUAGGAGUUAAGGAGGCUUUAACUUGGAUUAAGACACAGGCUUUUAAUAAUAUCAUGUUAGAAUCAGAUUGUUUAAAUUUUUGUACCGCGUUCAAUUCUUGUUUUUCUGAUUUUUCUUAUGCUGGGUUAGUAGUGAAGCAAUGUAAGUCGAUUGCUACGGAUAUUGGGAAUGUAAGUGUAUCCCAUAUCAAGAGGUCAGCGAAUCGUGUGACUCAUGAGCUUGCUCGGGCAACCGUUUCUAGGGCUGUCUCAGGGGUCUGGACUGGUGUCCCACCUGAUUAUUCGGUGAUGAAGAUUAGUCCCUUCUCGAUUCGGCCUUCUUUUAUACUGUUUCGGUACUUCCGAUUCCUUCACGAGACUUCGCUCCAAGUUGUGGUACGAACUUCCACGGAAUGCCUUGAAUCAAGGAUUGCCAUUGAAGCUUCCGCCAGAAACAAUCGACUGUUCGCGUCGUUCGCGUCUGCGGCGUUGUCCGUGGCUUCGGCGUCUGCGGAUUCUGUUCACGCUUUAUUUCAGACAGGAACAACCUAA